AUGGAAACGUUUUGGUAUGUUUUUUGCGUUUUUUUGGGAGAAACGGAGAAAUUGGUUACAGGGGAAAUGGUGAUCAGAUUUAAAAAAAACUUGGAAUCCUUGUUUUCAGCAAUAUAUUUGAACUCAGGCCCCUCCAAGAAGAUCGUGUUCCACUCGAGGAAUCCGAAGAUUUCGUCCUCUCGUUUCGCCGCCCCUCCAAACUCCAGGAUGCCCCCGGGCAUUGCCAUGAAUGGGGUGCCCAUUGGGCCUUGAUCCUGCUCACUUUACUCGGCUUCUUCGCUUUAAUUGUAACAUUAUUUAUUUGUCAUCUGCUCUUGUCCGAGGAAUAA